GAAAACAAAUAUAGUAUUAAAAAAAAAACUAUCAACAUACUCCUCUAAACAUAUAUUUUACAUGAUUAGUUUAUUUUACGUAGAUGUUUGAAGUGUUUAAUAAUAAGGAAGGAAAGAAAAGAGUAUAGAGUUAAAUCCAUAUACCAUGGUGGAGGCUGAAACGAAACAACGUAGGAGAAAUGUUCUUCUCAUGUGUUUUGGAGUACGUGCAUGCAGAAAACAAAAGCUUCAAUUGGUGCCUCGUGACAUGGAGGAGAGAGGAACAAGCAAUAGCAGCAAAGCUUCAACAGCUGUGGAUGAAAAGCCUCUUAAGAAAAUCGCAGAAGCUUUCAAAGAGCUUUCAAACGCUGUUACUUCCGAAGGCUCAGAGGUCGAUGUUGCUGCUUUCUCUCGCGCUUGUGCUUUCGUUUCUCCCCUUUUUGGUUGUGUCGGUUUCCAUUUCAAGUUCAUAGAGAUGGAUUACGUUUCCAAGGUUAAAGAUAUAACAGAGGCAUCAAAGUCCUUUCGGACAUUAGAAUCUAUGGUUGAUAGAGAUGUACAAACAAAUUCUGUGAGAACACAAGGAAGCCAUUCUAGAAAUCUUUUGAUGAUAAAACGUGGACUUGAUUUUCUCAGGGUGCUCUUUGAGCAAAUUCUACUCACAAAGGGAAAUUCCAUUAGAGAUGCAAUUUCCAAGGCUUAUACACAAAUAUUUAAUUCAUAUCAUGGUUGGGCACUCAGAAAGGCCGUUGCUGCAAGGAUACAUUACAUCCCUUCAAAGCAGCAGAUAAUCAGGAAACUCUGUGAAGAUGAGUCUUCAGCAGGGGACCUUAUGCAAACUUAUAUCUUGGCAUCCCCAGCUCUGCUCCAAUACAUAGAGAAAAUAUUCCUUGAAAGAGAAUUGGGUAUAGAUUGGUGAACCUUUUUUUUCUAUUCAGUUUAAACAAAUUGUACAAUGCAAUGAUAUGUUUCAAUUGCUUUGAAUAAUUAGCCAAGUAUUUUGAAUUUGUCAUUUAUUUGUAAUCAUUUUUAUGGAAAAUACUUUAUUUGUCUAAUCAUAAAACUACUCUUGCUGUAUUUUGAC